AUGGAUGAUAACAAUGUCACUCUGAUAUUGUAUCAUGGUGGAUUGCUAGAGUUUAGUGGUGAGAAUGGCAGUGUGUCCUAUGAAGGGGGUCAAAUGUGUGUCUGGGAGGAUUUGGACUUUGACAGAAUAAAUGUUAACAUUGUGACGUUAAUGGGCAAAGAACAUGGCUAUGCAGUGUUUCAGAACAUAUGGUGGCGUGACCCAACAGUUUCAGAGGACAUUGUGUUGAAUGAACUUUCCACUGAUCGUGAUAUCAUGGAUAUUUGUAAAGCAGCCAAGUUGAACAGUGGGGAGAUUGAGAUUUAUUUUGAGCACCCUCACCCUAAGCCCUUAUCUAUGAUUCCUCCACCCCCACCCCCACCCCCACCCCCACCCCCACCUGCUGAUGAAGAUGGUGCAGUUGUGGUGAUUGAGUCUAUUGUUGCUGAUGAAGAUGGGCUGGGUUGUGGUGUGGGAAAUGUGUCUGAAGAGGGAAGUGGGAUUGGUGCUGAAGAUGGGAAUGAGAGGGUGAAUGGUGAGGGAAGUGAGAUUGGUGCUGAUAAUGGGAAUGAGAGGGUGACUGGUGAGGGAAGUGGGAUUGGUAGUGUUCAUGGGAAUGAAAGGGUGACUGGUGAGGGAAGUGGGAUUGGUGCUUGUAAUGGGAAUGAGAGUGUGACUGGUGAGGGAAGUGGGAUUGGUGGUGUUCAUGGGAAUGAGAGGGUGGCUGUUGAGGAUGUGAAUGAGAUAGUUAAUGAAGAGGAGAAUAGAAGAAGAAAUGACAAGGGGAAACAAAAGGCUUUUGAACAGUAUGACUUCCAUGGCAUGGGGAGGAGAAUCAAUGAUCCAGUCUCAGAUGACAAUAGUGACACUGAGUCAGAUGAUGAUGCAUUUAAUAUGGCUCAUACAAAGGGAAAAUCUGUAUUAACUGGUACUGAGUCAGAUAAUGACAGUGACUACAUACCAGAGGAAAUUGAAGAGGAAAACUGGUCUUUGGAUGAUGACAACAACUCUUAUUGUAGUGAGGACCUCCAUAGUCCUGUGAGUACAGAUGAUGAGGGCAAUUGUAGGGUUAAGCAAACUUUCCCACAGUUUGAUGAAACUGCAGGGUAUGGCAAUAUCCAUGUAGAACUUGGCAUGGAGUUUCCUAAUUUGCAAUCAUUCAAGGAAGCUGUUAUAGAUUACACUGUUGAGGUGGGGAGACAAAUCAGGUGGUUGAAGAAUGAUAAGGACAGGUGUAGGGCUGAGUGCAUGGGAGAGACCUGUAAGUGGAAGAUCUACUGUGCAUGGUCCAGGGCAAGACAAAGCUUUCAGAUAAAGACCUAUGUAGAAGAACAUACCUGCAGCAGGUCUUUCAGAAAUAAGCAAGCAUCAACUAGAUGGGUUGCAAAGAAACUUGAGAAGAAACUCAGGGCACAACCAAAUAUGACUCAUGCUGAGGCUUUUGAUUACAUGAAGACUGAGUUUGGAGUGCACUUAAAUGAGACUAAGAUUUGGAGGUCAAUGAAGAAAGCAAGGAAGAUGGUGGAAGGCAGUGAAGCAGAGCAAUAUGCCAAACUUUGGGAUUAUGCACAUGAGCUUCUUUUAAGCAACCCUGGAUCUACUGUGAAGAUGGAUACCAUUCCCAUUAGUGAAACAGAAAGACAAUUUAAGAGGAUUUACAUAUGUCUGGAUGGAUGUAAGAGGGGAUUCAAAGCUGGAUGUAGACCCCUCAUUGGCCUUGAUGGAUGUUUCCUCAAAGGUUACUAUGGAGGGCAGCUUCUUUCUGCAGUUGGCCAGGAUGCAAACAAUCACCUCUAUGUGAUUGCAUAUGCUGUAGUUAAUGUGGAGAAUAAGGACAAUUGGAAGUGGUUUCUGGAACUACUUCAUGCUGACUUGGGUGACUACCAGCAGUAUGGAUGGUGUUUUAUUUCAGACAUGCAGAAGGGUCUUAUUCCUGCAAUGCAGGAAGUUAUGCCUGGUGUGCACCAUAGGUUCUGUGCAAUGCACCUAUGGAGGAACUUCACAAAGCAAUGGAAAGACAAAGAGAUGAAGAAUGUGGUGUGGGAGUGUGCUAGAGCAAGAACAAUCCCUGAGUUCAAUGAUAAGAUGGACAAGUUGAAAGCUAAGAAUGUCCAAGCUUGGAACUAUCUGAACAAGUGGCCUAAAGAAGCAUGGACUAAGGCUUACUUCAGAGACCAUCCAAAGAUUGACAACAUUUGCAACAAUGCAUGUGAGGCCUUUAAUGCAAAAAUCCUCAAGUAUAGGGGGAAGCCAAUUCUGACUCUGCUGGAAGAAGUGAGGUGUUACAUUAUGAGGACAGUGGCCAAUAACAAGAUGAAGCUGAGGGGGCACCAAGGCAUGCUUCCACCACUGCAGCAGAGUAGACUUGAGCACCAGAAAGAAGCGAGUAAUGGAUGGACACCAGUAUGGUGUGGAGAUGGUGAUGGUUAUGAGUAUCAACUGCAAUGCUGGGGUGAAACAGUUGGUGUGCAUCUCUCAAAUGGGACCUGCCACUGUAGGUUUUGGCAAUUAAAUGGGAUGUCAUGUAAGCAUGUGGUUGCUGCAUGUGCACACAAGAAUGAACCUCCAGAAAAUUAUUGCCAUGCUUGGCUGACUAUGGGGGCAUACAGAAGCACUUAUGAGUUCUAUGUGCACCCCACUAGAAGCCAGCAAUACUGGGAGCCAACUGAUUAUGUUAAGCCACUUCCACCCAAUGUGCCAAAGAGGAAAGCUGGAAGGCCAAAGAGGAAGAGGAGAAGAGAUGCAACUGAGCAGCAAGUGGCUGGAGGAUCAAGGACAAGGCUGAGAAGAACUUAUCCAGACAUUACAUGCACAAGGUGUGGUUUGACAGGUCACAACUCAAGGGGCUGCCACCGCCAAGGUGUGUCACGUAUGCCCAGGAAUUGGGUUCCACCACCACCUGAGGAGCCAGGGAAAACUGAAAAUGUUGAUGCACAGCUAGGGCUGCAAACUGAAAUUGAUUUGUCUCAAAGUGCACCUAAUGAGAUUGAUGUCUCCCAGCCAAGACAUCCAGCACCUGAGGGAACUUCAAAUGCUUCAGCUGAUCCAAUGCCCACUCCAGCAGCUAGAGGUGGCAGAGCAAGAAGGAGUUCAAGUAGGGGCACAAGAGGUGGUACAGGAAGAAGGGGUGGUACAGGAAGAAGAUGUGGUACAGGAAGACGAGAUGGAAGAGGUGGGAGAGGUGCAAAUCCUGAAGUCAUAAGCCAGCCAACUCCUGAAGCUCCACCUCUACAAAGCCAACCCACUCCAAUUCCCCAUAGGCCUGCAUCAGCUCAUGCCCCAGCCCGUGGACCUGCCCCUAUUGGAUAUGUUAUCUGGCCCAAUGCUCCCACUGGAAUUGUGCAUAGGCCUUCAACAACUGCCAUAAGAGCUCCCAUAGGAGGGUAUAGGUCACCCCCUAUUAGAGCUCCAAUGUUUAGGCCUCCACGCCAAUCAAACCCAACUCCUCCCCAAGUCCAGCCAAAUUUCCAAGGUAGGAGGAGUUCACCUCCACCAGGUCCAGGUCCAGUUAAUCAACAGCUCAAUGGAGACCCUAUGAAAUUCAUGCCAACUCCUUCAGCUCCAUGGAGGCCGUAA